AUGGCGACGGAGCUGGAAGAACUUUUAGGUUUCCUAUCUUCUCCUUCCCCACAAGUGAAGAAAGCUGCAGUGGAUAUUGUGCGAGAUUAUACGGGCUCGGAGGAUGGCAUACAAAUGCUUGGAAAAUAUGAUAGAGUUGUUCUUUCGUCGCUCAUUCUUCUCCUGGCGGAGAAAAAGGAGGUAUCUGAACCUGCAGCACAGGCACUCGUUAAUAUGUCUCAAAAUACAGAUUUAGCAAAGAAGAUGGUAGAUAUGGAUAUGGUUAAGAUAGCGAUGGAUACCUUAUAUAAGCAAGGUUGUGAAAUUACUCAGUUAUUGGCUAUGCUUCUUCUUAAUCUUACGCAGUUGGAUGCUGGUAUUGAUAGCUUGCUUCAGUCUGGAGAUGAGAAAAUGCACGGCCUGUACAUCAUGAAGCUUGUCAGAUCUUUCUGUGCAUCUUCUGGGGAGAGAAAAGAUGAUCCCUUUGAGCACGUGGCAUCUAUUCUCGUCAACAUUUCAAAGAAAGAAGCAGGAAGAAAACUUUUGCUGGAUUCAAAGAGGGGGCUUUUGAAGCAAAUCGUUAGGCAAUCUGAUUCAACAAGCCCUUUGCGGAAGAAAGGGGUCUCUGGAACUAUCCGUAACUGCUGUUUUGAAGCUGAAAGCCAGCUACCUAGUUUACUCUUAAUCUCAGAGUUCCUGUGGCCAGCUCUGCUUCUUCCAGUUGCCGGUAACAAGAUCUACAGUCAGCAAGACACCUCUAAAAUGCCUUUGGAACUGGCUAGUGCACUUUCAAUUGAGCGUGAGCCAGUCAAUGAUCCUGAUAUCCGCAUCCAAGCACUAGAAGCAAUAUAUUUGCUCGUACUACAGGAUGCUGGAAGGAGAGCAUUUUGGUCGGUGAAUGGACCCCGAAUAUUGCAAGUAGGUUAUGAAGAUGAAGAGGAUCCGAAAGUGAUGGGAGCAUUCGAGCAAGUUGGCUCCUUGUUGAUCCAAGAGAGCGGCUCCACUGACUUAUCUUCAGAGGCACCAUAA